AUGGAUCAACUCAAGGACAACACGCUGUCGACUGUGGAGGAGGACCUGCAGGGUUCAUCCCAGCUCGAACAGCUGGACAAGACGGAAAAUGUGGCUCCGGAUCACUUCGAUGAGAAAUAUCGCACGACCCGAAUGGAGAUUUGGGCUUAUUACUCCUAUUACAUCGGCAACAAUGGACUUUCUCUGUUCAACUUUGCGCCCACGGCUUUUCAAAACUUGAUGUACCAAGCAGCCCCACCGAAUGGCAUGCUCAACUUUGCCGGCCGAUCACGGACAAUCAACAGUAUCGUGCUGCUGUGUAACGGAAUCUCUUUCGCGAUUCAAAUCGUCGUCUUCCUGGCCAUUGGUAGUUUCGCCGAUUUCGGUUACUGGCGACCCAACAUCUUGAUUGCUUUAUCGAUUAUCGCAUGGGCGAUUGGCUUUGGCUGGCUGGGCGCUCACACGUGGGACAAAUGGCAUGUUGGCGUUGGUCUUUACAUUGUCGGCUUGAUUGCGUAUCAAACAACAUUGACCUUCUGGACUGCUGCGUUCCCAGGGCUGGCCCGUAACACGGUCGAAAUGAAGGAGAAGGCCGACGAAUAUGCCUCUGGGAAGAUUACCCGCGAGCAAUACAACUUCGCCGAUACCAUGAUGCGCAGUCGUCUGUCUAACAUUGCGUUCUAUGUUCAAUCUGUAGCGGAGAUCUUUAUCCUAGCCAUCAUUGUCGGGAUUAUGUUCGGACUGGACGUCAACGCUAGCGACGCCAACAAUAACUGGGGCCUGAGUGUGCUGAUUGCUUUUGUUUCGGGUGUCUGGCUCCUGGUAUCCUUACCAUGGUUCUUCCUCGAAAAGCGCCGCCCAGGUCAAGAUCCUGGAAAGCGAUCUGUCUUUGUUGCGGGUUUGUGGCAGCUUUGGCAUGCGAUGAAGCAGAUCUGGCACCUGAAGCAAAGUUUGCUGUAUCUGAUUGGGUAUUUCUUGUUAGGGGACUCUCUGAAUACCACAGUCACGGUGAUCUCUACCCUGCAAAAUGAGAUCGUCGCUUACAAUACUCUCCAACUUACAUACCUUUUGAUCGUGGGAAUUGCAGCACAGGCUGUCGGUAUUUACGCGUUCUGGUUUAUUCAACAGCGUUAUGAGCUAGGAACUAAAACCAUGUUCAACGCCAUCGCAUUCUGUAUCAUCCUCCUCGAUGGCUGGGGAAUGAUCGGAAUCUGGACCGAAAGCUUCGGUUUCCACAACGUUUGGGAAGUCUGGGUAUACCAAGCGUUCUACGGUCUCUUCGUGUGCCCCUGGUACAGCUACUCCCAAAUCAUGAUCUCAGAAGUCACACCCCGUGGCCACGAAUUUCUGUUUUUCAGCUUGUUCAGCAUCAUCGGCAAGACCUCGUCAUUCAUCGGUCCCAUUGUCUCAAGUGCUAUUAUCGAUGCGAGCCCGACUGGAAACACCUCAACUCCGUUUUACUUUCUGUUUGCAUUGAGUGUGUUCAGUUUUGCUCUCUUGGUCUUCUGUGUCGAUCUGAAGAAGAGCCAAGUGGAACAGGAGAAUUUUUUGUUAGAGAAGUUACAGCGCUUGAAGGAUAAUGAGUCUGAAGCCUCGGGGGAUAGUGUUUAG